AUGGUCCUCUCAAUCCUCAUCGCCACCAUAACAGCGCCGGGUCUCCUUGGAUCCCAAGAAGCCAUCAGACAAUCGCAGUCCAAAGAGAAGAAAGAAGAGCAUCGCGCUCGUCGUUGUAACCUCAUAGCAACAUGCGUCAAGUCUUCUCGGAGAAGCCGCGAUAUUGAUGGCAGACAAAUUGUUCUCCGCAACGGAAGACUCUGGAUUGAUACCGGCACUGAAGACGGCAGUCCGCUGGGCCAUCCAUAUGCAGGAUACUAUCUGCCGUAUCCAGACUCCAAGUACGAGGGUCUCGUCACGACGAUCACUGAUGUCGCGCCUAUAAUGAACUGGAUAUAUAUUGAUCGGGAAACUCAUCAAGUGCGUUACGGCGUUCGUGCUGACGCGCAGCCCAAUCUCACGGGACCAUUUGAUUGUACGCGUCAAGACCGCCGGCUUACAUUUGAUGGAUGGGAGGGUUGGUGUGCGGUUGAAGAGGUGCCGGGAUUAUGGGCGCUGUACUUUGACGUCGAUGACGACGGUUUGAAACAGAAAGUUGAGCCUGGAAAGAAAGUACUGGAACUAGAGUUGACUAGAAAGGAGAAGAGGUUCCAGAAGGAGAAAGAGGCAAGACAGCAGGAUCAGACGACAAAACGGAAGGUUGAUGUCAAGGAGGAUGCGCCGGUUGAUCAGCCGCUCAGUGCUGCGGCACUGGUAUCGAAACCGGGAGUACUGGAUGGUCAGAGUGAGCAGGUCAACAGUGAGACGGGGCAGGGCGAGCAAGGAGACGGUGGUACGCAGGCGUGGAAGCCCCUCAAAAUCCCGAAGAGCAUAUUUGAUGAUCCACCGCCUAUGGUUGCGCCGCUUGCGUUCAGACCUAGGACGCCUCCACCUGCGUAUUCACCCGCAAAUAAAUACAAGUCAGCUGAAGGUCGCCAACCGACAGUUAGAAAAGAAAAUACUCAGCCAGUUAAGCCGGAAUCUGGUGGUGCGAUAUCCAAUACUCCUCCAGUCGUAUCAGCGAGCUCCAGCCCAGACGCUGGGAAACGCACACCUCCGAAGAGAAGCAGUGGUACGAAAGCGCUGGCACAGGCUCAGAAAUUUGAGGCCCUUGCGGCUGGGAAGGUAUUUAAAGAUGAAAGCAGAGCGAAUGAGAGUCGCCGCUCAUCUCCAGACGGCCAAGUUGUAGGAUAUGUUUCUUCAGAGUACUCCAACGAUGGACAAGAGCCGAGCAAGAAAUUGCAACCAAAACGCACAUCAUUUUCUACACCCUCACCUCUAAGUCUAGCAAAAGCCAAGGAAGUGUCACACCCCUCGCAAGAAUCGAAGACGGUCGCGAACACAGAACCUUCAAAGGUGGCAACAGAUCCCGCUAUAUUCUCAGGAACGACCAAAAACACGGGAAGAUCAGGACAGUCACGUCGUCCAACGAUAACAAGCCAACCAUCACAAUCGUCCACAAGGCCAACACCAGGCAGCACCUUGCGAACGCCGCAAGCAAAGAAAGAGGCUUUCCCCCAAAGAAAACGAUCUUCCUCCGAACAGCCCUAUCUGAAGAGUGACUCACCCGCUCGGUCACCUAGUAACGCAACAACACGAAAGACAAGCCAGCCAUCCCGCACAUCUUUGGCAAGAACCAUGACAACAGGCACAGGAAACAGAGGUAUGGCAAGUCGAUUUGGAGGGAGACGAGACGAGACGAGUCCGAUGCGUGGGCGAUCGAAUACGACGAGUGGUACACGGGGAAGACCUGCGAGGAAAACGACGUCUGCUCUGUUUAGGGAGAUAGACGAUCUGGUUAGUCAAGAUGCACAAGGUUCGGUUGUGGGUGAUGGUAGUGGUCGGUCACGCGGAGGUAGUUCGAAACAGGUGGAUAACGACGGUGGUAAGGCGAGGUGGAUAUAG